CAAAGAAAGUCAAAAUCCAAUCCAAAGUUCUUGAUAUUUCACCAUCACCAAACCAUCAUCAUCAAAUCUUCUUCUUCUUCUUCUGCAGCUUCUUCCUCUUCAUGAACCAUCGCUUCGCUCAAUUCUUCUUCGCUUUCUCUCUCAUCAUCAACUUUCUCUCUCUAAAACUCCUCCCAGCCUUCCGUCAAUUCCUCUCCAAAACCCUAGAUUUCCUCAAAAUGGAUUCAUUCUUCUUAUUCUCCGACUCAAUCGAUGAAGACUCACUUUACGGUACCCGUUCGAUUAAGAGUUUAUCCGACCUAGACCCCGAGAAGCUCUAUCUCGUCGAUCACAGGUGGUGGAAUGAGGCUCGUGAAUCGAUGUUUAGGGAAGUGGAAGGGGAUUUGUAUGGUACAAGUUGUGGUUUGUCUGCUGAUUUUGAAUCUGAGAUUGUGUUGGAUAUGAGGAGGUGUAAUGGAGAAGAGGAAGGGGUUUCCGGGCGCGAGUAUGCGUUGGUUUCGGAAUGGAUGUUUUAUCGGGCGCUUAAGUGGCAUUACGAUCUGAAGAACGUUCAGAACAUAGUAUCCAUAGAGGAUAAUAAGGCAGACUUGUUUUUCUUACAAGUCAGGCUUUCAAUUUCCCCAACCAACGAUUCAUUGGUAGUAAGGAUUAGCGAAAAGGACAACGAAUUUAGAGCUUUUAAUAAAUCUUGCGAGAUAUUUAGUGUCAAUAAUACUGGCUUGCUGAAGAUUUGGGAUUUUUCAGGACAAAUUACAAACUUAUUCCUACAAGGCAGAAUGCCACCUGGUAAUUCUGGAUUAGUGAAUGAUGAGAUUUCCUUGGAGUUACAAGUGUUUGGUUUAUCUCGUGAUAUUACGCACAAAGAAAAUGGGAUGGCAGUUGACUCGAAUACCGAAAGGAAUGUGAACGGUCACUCUGACAAAGUCAACCCAAAUGUCAGACUCGGUCAACAUACUAGUAGCGUUAAUGAGAGUUAUAACUUGGGGUUGACCGGAUUAUACAAUCUUGGAAACACGUGCUUUAUGAAUAGUGCAAUCCAGUGCUUGGCGCAUACUCCUCAACUUGUUGAUUAUUUUCUCGGGGACUUUAGAAAAGAUCUGAAUUUCGAAAAUCCAUUGGGCAUGAAUGGUAAGCUUGCUUUAGCAUUUGGAGACUUGAUUAGGCAAUUGUGGACACCUGGCGUUACUUCCGUGGGCCCUCGAGAUUUCAGAUCAAGACUAGUUGAUUUCGCACCACAAUUUGAUGGCUAUAAUCAACAUGAUUCUCAAGAAUUUCUUGCUUUUUUGCUGGAUGGACUUCAUGAAGAUUUAAAUCGCGUAAAAAUCAAACCAUAUAAUGAGAUAAAAGACGUGGAUGGAAUUCCAGAUAAAGAAGUAGCAAAUGAACACUGGAGAAACCAUUUAGCUCGCAACGAUUCCAUAAUAGUUGACAUGUGCCAGGGGCAGUAUCGGUCAACUUUGAUAUGUCCACUUUGCAAGAAACAUUCUGUUACAUUUGAUCCCUUUUUAUAUUUAUCUCUACCUUUACCUUCUACAACAAUGAGGGCCAUGACGUUAACCGUGUUGACCACCGACGGGUCAACUUUGCCAGUUCCGGUAACCGUCACUGUCCCAAAAUUUGGGAAGUUUAAAGAUCUUAUUCAGGCUUUGAGCACUGCGUGUUCGUUGCGAGAUGACGAAACUUUGCUUGUGGCCGAGAUUUACAACAAUUGCAUUCUUCAUUUCUUGGAUAAACCAGCGGAUUCUUUAGAGCUGGUUAGAGAUCAUGAUACGCUUGUUGCGUAUAGGCUACCGAAGGAUCAAGAUUCAUUACCGUUGGUCGUAUUUACACAUUGCCAUCUUGAAGAGUCAAACUGUCAUGGGGGUCCACCUUUAAGAAGGUUUGGCAUUCCUCUAGCAGCGAGGAUUCCGGAGCGUAGUGACGGUUUCGAGUUACAUAAGAAAUUUCUUCAAUUACUUGAUCCACUCGUCAUGCCGGAAGAAUUUUCUUCAGAUUCUUUGGAUAAUUGUUCUGUAAGCAUCGCCGAUCAAGACACCAAAAUGGAUGAUGUGGCGGAUGAUGUGGCGGAUGAUGUAGUGAUUGAGGAUGUGUCAAACAGUGAUGACGUUACGGUAAAAUCUUCAGUGGAUGAAACCUUUCACUUCUCACUGGAAAAACAAGGGAUUUCGCAAGUAAGAUCGAAGAUUGUGAUGGAUGAACCGCUAUUGAUCCCCGAAACGCGUAGAAUUUCUAUUCUUGUUUCAUGGCCCGAGGAAAUGUUGAGACGAUAUGAUACGUGUAUUUUAAACCGUUUACCGGAAACGGGUGGGCUUCCGUUAGCUGCGAACGACCCGCCAGAAUCAGUUUCUUUAUAUAAAUGUCUUGAGGCUUUUUUGAAGGAAGAACCGUUGGGACCCGAAGACAUGUGGUACUGUCCUAAAUGCAAGGAACACCGACAGGCUAGCAAAAAGUUAGAUCUGUGGAGACUGCCGGAAAUUCUGAUUAUUCAUUUGAAAAGAUUUUCAUACAACCAUUUUCUCAAGGACAAAUUGGAGACUUUUGUUGACUUUCCUAUUGUUGACUUUGACCUUUCGAAUUACACCGUUCACAAAGAUUGCCAGUCUUCUAUUCACUACAAACUGUACGCCGUAAGUAAUCAUUAUGGUGGCAUGGGUGGUGGCCACUACACCGCUUUUGCACAAUGUGGUGAGCAGUGGUAUGAGUUUAAUGAUAGCCAGGUGUUCUCCGUUAGUGAAGACCAAAUCAAGACGUCUGCAGCGUAUGUUCUGUUUUACAAGAGGGUUUGACGAAAAAAAGUCAAACAUGUGCAGGGAACUUCAUUAUGGCCCAACGGUAGAUUUGGGGCCAUUUAUACAUUACAUCUGAUGAUACAAAUAGGUUGUGAGAGGGUGGGUGGCCUGUGCUGUAAAUGUGACUUAGAUUAGACUUUAAAGUUUUUUGACAGUUGCCACCUCAACUUCACCUUCUUUUAGACUUCAUUUCAUACUGCAGGGUUUCGUCUCUUUUCUAUCUCUGUAUUCGUCUCUUUAUAUUCAUUAUUUCUUUUCUUUA